CAGCCAGUUACAUAUUCACAGCAUUCCUUGACUUCAUAAUUGCAAACUCAGUUUGUAAUAUUUCAUGGAACCUGUCUGAAGAACUGCAAAUAAGAGAAUUCAUUUUAUUCCUUAGUAGAUGCUUGCAAUUUGAAUUAUCUGGUUCCAGUCAGUUACAUAACAUCCAGUUAUACUUUAGUGGAAGGUCUUUAUUUUUAUCCAAUAUGUGAAAAGUUUUAAUUCUUUUCCCCAACAAUACUUGAAUCUUACUGUUUUGGAUAUAGCACAGAAGUAUGCCACUGACUGCUUCCCCCCAGUCUUGACAGCCAUCUUUUGAAGGUGUCAUAGCUUGUUGUGGAGUAAUGACUAAGUGUCACUUGAUCCCGUUGACAGCUGUUGCUUUGCCCCGCACCCUUUACUGAGACAAAAAUGGCAGCUGGGAUUCCAUUGGGGUCAUGUGACCUACUAAGAAUAGCCUUGUAGGCUCAGGACAGGGAAUGAUGUCAGAAAGAAGUCAAGAUCUGGAUAGGCAAACUAGAAAAAGAGAAGCAAGCUUGGUGGACGGAGGGAAAUUCCCCAAGUGGAAAUAAAACAGGAAGAGGUGUAAAAGCCAGGAAGGAGAGAGGCCACAUUGCCAAGGCAGGAGAGCUGGAGCAGGCAGGCAGAACAAGGCAGAGAGUGGAGAUUGGCAAGGCAGGCAUUGAGACUUAGGGAAAGCUGAGGGGGUCAUCCAUCCAGCCGAUUGGAGUGUGCUGUGGGCAAGAAUCGGUGUUGCGGGGAUGAACUUUGCCGUGGGCUUCAAGCCGAUGCUGGGGACUUCACAGAGCAUGGAUAACCUGGAGAAGCAGCUUAUCUGCCCCAUCUGUUUGGAGAUGUUCACCAAACCAGUGGUCAUCCUGCCCUGCCAACACAACCUAUGUCGUAAGUGUGCCAACGACAUCUUUCAGGCCUCCAACCCCCUGUGGCAAUCUCGUGGAUCUACUUCAGUGUCCUCAGGAGGCCGAUUCCGGUGCCCAUCCUGUCGGCAUGAAGUGGUGCUGGACCGGCAUGGAGUUUAUGGCCUGCAACGCAACCUUUUGGUGGAAAACAUAAUUGAUAUCUACAAACAAGAAUCCUCUCGGCCUCUCCAUGCCAAGGCAGAGCAGCAGCUGAUGUGUGAAGAACAUGAAGAGGAAAAAAUCAACAUAUACUGCUUGAACUGUGAGGUUCCAACCUGCUCUAUGUGCAAAGUCUUUGGAGCCCACAAAGACUGUGAAGUGGCUCCUCUGACCAACAUUUAUAAGCGCCAAAAGGGGGAGCUGAGUGAUGGCAUUGCCAUGUUAGUGGCAGGGAAUGACCGUAUCCAAGCUAUCAUCACCCAGAUGGAAGAGAUCUGUAAAACUAUUGAAGAUAAUGCUCGGAGACAGAAGCAGCAUCUUUGUCUGCGCUUUGACUCUUUGUACAGCAUCCUGGAGGAACGCAAAAAAGAGCUGUUGCAAGAAAUCGGACGAGAGCAGGAGGAAAAAGUCCAAAGGGUGCGGGGGCUCAUCCGGCAAUAUGGAGAUCACCUUGAGGUCUCCUCUAAGUUGGUUGAGUCAGCCAUCCAGUCCAUGGAGGAACCCCAGAUGGCCCUCUAUCUGCAGCAGUCAAAGGAGCUGAUCAAAAAGAUCACAGACAUGUCCAAGGUAUCCAUGAGUAGCCGGCCUGAGUCUGGCUAUGAAAACAUGGACCAUUUCUCUCUCAAUGUAGAUCACGUUGCUGAAAUGCUGAGAACUAUUGAAUUUCAGACAGAUAUUUCUGGAGAGGAAACUGAGUCUGAAGGAAUUAUCCCAGAAGGAAGUGGUGAAGCUGGAGAGGAGGACCAUCCAGAAGGAUCGGAGGGGCCUGAAGGAGCAGAAGAUGGAGAGAACCUGUCUCGAUUCAGACCAAAGCCACCUAAUAUACCAUCUCGGGGACAACACUGAAAAGUCACUUUGAAGACAAAAGCAGCUGGAGAAUGUUCCAGUCAGCCUCAUCCUAUGCUACUUCCUCCUCUCCAUCAGAAGUUUUUCUUGCUUCCCACUAAGUUUUCUUUCUCUGUGCAUCUUUUUCUUGCUUCCUUCUAUGCUCCUCUUCCCCCUAUACCAUUUGGCUUUUUAAUUUAUGGAGAUAAUAAAAUUGUGAGUUAUUUGCUAACAGCAAUUCUGGCAAGGUUCAUUGGGUAAGAGAGAUUCUGUUGGAGCCCUUUCUUUGGCAGAAAAAAAUGAGAUCCAUAGGUAUGGUUGGUGAAAUUUUCCAUAGGAUGCUCAUUCAUAAACUUCUGCAUUUAUCAUUCACAGAGGCUACCUGUGCUAGUUCUUCACUCCCUACCAGCUGUGGGUUUUUUAAAAAACCACAAACAACAUCUUUUUUCCAAUUCAUCAAGGGCUGGCUAAAAUGUUUUCUUUUGUUGGGAAAAAAGAGGGUCAGCCAUAGGCAUGGUUUUAGCCUGGUUUAGAAACACUUCACUCUCAACCUUCCCAUCCAAUUCUGGGGUUAAGGAAGGGGUAAUUUGUCCCACCCUUUGAACUUGGAUGAAUCUAAAAAUUACUUUGACCAGUUGCAAAUUUACACUGAGUGAGAAAAAGUGACAUCUCUACAUUUUGAGCGCUGACUCUAGGCUUCAUGUACUGGAGGUGGGAGGACAGAACUAGAAACAAAGAAGUAGGAUACCAGAAGAGGAAUAGAAUUCCUUGUCUAACUGGGCUGGAACUGACUAUGGAAACAGUGAUGAAGUAUAAAAACAAACAAACAUAGGAAGAAGGAGCUGGCAGUCUGCCAAAAGGAAAAAGACCUCAUUUUGCUAGAGAAGUCCUGCUCUACUUGAAAUGUCUUCUACUUGGCUUUAGACAGAAAGAAUUGGUGGAAAAGUCCAGUUCUUCCAUGGAUGGGAGGUACAUUGGAGCAGGAGAACAUCAAAAGUGGAACUCCAUCUUAUGUAGAUACAACUUUAGUGAGAUGUGUGACCAUUUACAUUAUUUACAUUAAAAAAAAACUAGGAAUGCAGUCUAAUCUGCCUUCCUGACCUGCUGUUUUCAAUUGAUCAGAGCAACCUCCAACUAGGGAAAAGGCAAAAUGUUGCUCAUUGUUAGUAUCAGCAACCAGCUCAACAGCAUCAGCAAAAAGAUUGGUUUGAAAGGUGCUUAUGUAUGAGGCCUGGAAACCAUCUUUUGCAUUGGAUCUUUAGGAUUUUUAGUGGGUCUUGGCAGUGCCGCUGUCCAUGGUGCUACUCUUGAAGUUUGAGUACUGUGCAGCGAGUGCUAUACGGCAAAGGAGUUAAGGGAAUAUGUGGAGAGGGAGGCUCAAUGGGGAAUUGAGACAUCCCCUAUAGCAGGGGUCUCCAACCUUGGCAACUUUAAG